AUGCCCAGUCCUCCAUCCCACCCCUAUUACCCCCUCGAUGCCAACAUUGUGGGUUAUGAGCCCAACCAAUCUCCGGUAUUGGAGCUUCUCCUCUCUGCAGGUGGAGCAUCUACCGUUCUGCUUGGUGUGACUUUUGCCUUGGCCAGCUGGAUACGCCCGACACUGCGCAUCGGGGAUCGAAUUGCUAUCCUGUGGUUUGUGCUCUCUGGUACCUUGCACUGUUUCUUCGAGGGGUACUUCAUGAUCCACCAUGAUCAUAUGGCGUCUGCGCAAGAUUUGUUCGGACAACUAUGGAAAGAAUAUGCCCUAUCAGACUCCCGGUAUAUGACAUCGGACACUUUGGUGCUAUGUAUGGAGACCAUGACCGUGCUGCUGUGGGGACCAUUGUGCUUCGUUGUUGCGUACUUGACCGCAACCAGGCAUUCUCUGCGCCACCCAGUUCAAAUGAUUGUGUGCAUGAGCCAUCUUUACGGCGACACGCUGUACUAUGCGACCAGUCUAUUUGAGCACUACGUCCACGGGCGGCCCUUUUCCCGACCGGAGGCGUAUUAUUUCUGGGUGUAUUAUUUCUUUAUGAAUUUCAUCUGGAUUGUUGUUCCAGCGUAUUAUCUCUACAGCAGCAUCUCCACCGUCUCGGCUGCACUGAAACACCAGUCGGAAAAAGAGAAGACUAAGUAA